ACUCGACAACGUCACUAAGAGGCCAUUUAAAAUCACUUCUCCCCCGAUUUUGAAAUAAUUUACUGCCAUUCACUGCCACGCUCGAGAGCUAUGUUGUGGUAGCUGUCGUUCUGCGGAGUUGUUUCCUCGUGCUCAGUGCUUGAAACGAGGGACGUUUUGCGCCUCUUUAGCUUGACACGUUACCUUACAUUGCGCACCACCACAAGCGGACUCUUUGGCUCCUGUUGUUGUUGAAAUUGUGUGGCACGUGUGUGUAGCCUACUUACUUUGUAUCCAUUUGAAGACGACGUGAUUUCCAGCUCGAGUGAGUUCAAAGUGUUCUACACCACAGUGGAUUACGGACAACACCACGUUGAAAAGUUCAAGGCGCCCAAACCAGGAACUUCAAGAAGCCACAGCUCCUCCACCACCACCAUGGUGAACAACCAGGUGUCUGGCGGCGGCGGGUCGCCCCCCAAGUCGUGUGCGGGCUGCGGGGGCCGCAUAGCCGACCGCUUCCUGCUCUUCUCCAUGGAGCGGUACUGGCACUCGCGCUGCCUCAAGUGCUCCUGCUGCCAGGCCCAGCUGGGCGAGAUCGGGACCACCUGCUACAGCAAGGGAGGCAUGAUCCUCUGCAGAAGCGACUACAUCAGACUGUUUGGACACACAGGAGCAUGUAGUGCUUGUGGCCAAUCUAUUCCAGCCAGCGAGAUGGUGAUGAGGGCACAGGGCAACGUCUACCACCUGAAGUGUUUCAAUUGUGCCACGUGCCGAAAUCGACUGAUGCCCGGCGACCGCUUCCACUAUGUGAACGGCACCAUCUUCUGCGAGCAUGACCGCCCCGGAGGGUCCCUGCUGAGCAGUCACCUGCAGAGUAACCCUGUGCUAGCUGAUCAGAAGGUCUGCUGAAAUGGCCACAGGCUUUCACGGGCCGAUCAACAUGUCCGACCACCCAUCUCCAUCAUGCACUUCAUCUUCAAAAAACAAGACAAGCCCCUCAGUGUCGACUCUUGCAGUUCUUGGCAUUUUGCAGCCUUUGGAUCCUCCAUGAUUCCGUGGAAUUCCCACAGUAAACCGCUGGACUGAAGCACUUAAUUUUCAAAAGGUAUCACACUCGUGUGCAGCUCCGUUCCACAACAAAAACUUCAAAAGUAUGUAAGAUUAUUUCGGUUCAGUUUUUGACAUGGCCUCGAGCUAUAUAUAGUGCACAGAAAUAUGGGAAAUGCGUACUUGCACACAUUUCUUAUCAAAUCAGCAGACGGCUCAAUUUCCAACAGUUUCCUAUUGCUGGGAUGCAGAGCUGUCAGUUUUAUGUACAUGUAUAUAGAAAGCAGACUUUUGGGAUCAGACGAUAAGAUCUGAACAGUGUCAUUAGCCAUUUAUUCUUUUUUUCCCAGUUUGUUUUCAGGGUAUUUUUAUAUAUAAUAAAUAUCAAGUCAGUUGACUUCAUGUUUCUUUGUUUGGGAUGAUCUGUAAAUAUUUUUUUAUAAUGGUAUUGUGUGCUACAUUGGAAUUAUAUGGUCUAAAAUGUAACAUCCCCUUUUUAAACGGAUGUCUAUUUAUGAUGUGAAAUUAUGAAACGGUAAAAAAAAUAAAUACUUGAAAUCGCA